GAUAUUGAAACGACUUAUUGCCUUGGUUACCAGGGUAGUUGUCUUGGUCACGCUGUUUCGCUUCGCUUCAACGUAUUUUUUCAGCAAGAAAGCUGCAAUGACUGUUGCUCCUGUGGUUGCGCUUUCACAUGGCGGAGGUCCUCUCCCCAUCCUCGGCGAUCCUGCCCACAAGGAAGUCACCAAUUCCAUGAAAACCCGAGUGCCCAAGAUUCUCAAGCUCGGAACUCCUGAGCAGCCUCGCGCCAUUGUUCUCGUUACAGCGCAUUGGUCAACAGAUAAGCCAGUCAUCUCAUCCGGGGCAGCGCACGAGCUCUUCUUUGACUACUACAACUUCCCUGCGGAAGCUUACGCGCUCAAGUACCCUGCACCUGGCCACCCGGAGGUUGCGCAGGAGGUGAAAGCCGCGCUGGAAGCAGAGGGCCUGCAAUCUGAGCUGGAUGGCAAGAGAGGAUGGGACCACGGCGUUUUUAUUCCAAUGUUGUUGGUGAAUCCCGCGGCCAAUGUACCGAUUGUUCAGCUUUCCGUGCUGGAAUCAGAAGAUCCAACUGAGCACUUGAAAAUGGGAGCUGCGCUGGCAAAACUCCGUCAGAAAAACAUUGCCGUCGUGGGCUCGGGUUUCGCCUCUGUUCACAACUUCCAGGUCUACCAUGAUCUACGUAACGGAGGACCUGGAAAAGUCAAGCAGUGGUCGGAGCGGAUUGGUCGAUGGAACAACGCGCUGGAACAGGCUGUGGGUGCGGAGAGCAAGGAGGAGCGGUGGAAGAGGGUGGCGGGCUGGAGGGAGUUUCCACAUGCGAAUGAGAUGCAUCCGCCGAGGAGGGGAGAGCAUUUCAUGCCGUUGAUUGUGUGUGCUGGUGCGGCGUUGGAGGGGGAGAAGGCGGGAUUGUAUCAGGAUAAGUAUCUGGGAGCGGAGAUUUCGACGUUUUAUUGGGGGGCGGAGACGGUUGCGUGAGAUUUUGGGAGUU